AAAUUCCCAGUGAGAACAAAUAAUUGACUUUAGAUACAUAAUUUAAUUUUCAAAUUUUCUAGGAACUUAUCGUAUGUUUAAAUUAUAGUGGAUAUUCUUGCUGUUGUGGAUUUGUUUUCAGUGCUCUAUUUUGAAAGCGCGCCUAGAACUUGCAUUACUUGCAUUGAUCGAUUACCAAUUAUCGCUUCCUGCUGCACGCAAUCGAUCACAGCGUUGCCAGAGCAGCAGCAAAAGGAUGCAAUUGUCGUUGGAGUUGCCACCGCGCUUUGCUAGAAAUUGACAGAUAAGACGAGUUUAUCAAAAUGCAAACACAAACAAAAGAAGUAAAAGAGAGAGUUGACAUAAAAGCAGAUAAGCAAGAGGAAACAAAGCAUCAUAAAGCUUUGCAUCAUUUUGUGAGUUGACCAUAUUUUAAUUGAGCUCUACCAACUCUAAGAUGCCACGCCCAGUGCUGUUGAUACAUGGCGGAGCAGGCGACAUUACUGACGCUCGCGUAGCCGGCAAGUUCAAGGGCAUCAAAGAGGCAUUGCGUGCAGCCUGGCAUCAUCUCGAGAAGCAGGAGGAAGUGCCAAAGUCAGAAAAGGAUUGCGCCCUAGAUGCCGUCGAGGCAGCUGUGCGCUCCAUGGAGCUUGACGAGGCGUUCAAUGCCGGUUACGGUGCCUGUUUGAACACCGAUCAGCAGGUGGAAAUGGAAGCCAGCCUUAUGGAGGGGCGUAACUUGCGCGCUGGGUGCGUCACGCUGCUGCAAGAUGUCAUGCAUCCCAUUACAGUGGCUCGUCGCCUCAUGGAGAAGCAACGCCAUGUCUUUAUCGGCGGCUCGGCUGCUCAGCAGCUGGCCCUGAGCACAGGUAGCGAACGCUUGCGUCCCGGCGCUCUAAUCACGGACAGCGCAAAGCAAGCGCUGCACGAGUUUCAACAGCAGCAGGCAGCGGGCAUAGACACAACCUAUGCACGCACCGAACUGGAUGAUGCACGCACCGAUCCCAAGGGCGAUACGGUCGGCGCAGUGGCUAUGGAUCGACAUGGUCACAUUGUGGUGGGCACAUCGACGGGCGGCAUCACUGGCAAGUGGCCGGGACGCAUUGGCGACACGCCCCUACUGGGCUGUGGCACGUAUGCGGACAAUACCAUCGGUGGCGUCUCCACCACGGGUCAUGGCGAGACCAUCAUGCGUUACAAUCUUGCCCAGCGCAUUUUGGCCGCCAUCCAGCACAAGGGUCUGUCCGCUCAGGCAGCCGCCGAUCAGGAAUGCCAGCUGAUGACGAAGCGCAUUGGUGGCACAGGCGGCGCCAUUGUUGUUGAUCACAAUGGUGGACUGGGCAUCAGUUUCACAUCGCACCGCAUGGCCUGGGGAUAUGUCCAAGACGGCAUCAUUCACUACGGCAUCGAUCACAAUGAAAUGCUCCAGGAGCCUUUUGCAACAUAAGAACGGAAAAUUAAUAUACCCCAAAAUGUUUUUUUUUUUAUAAAUAAAAGAAAAAAGAGAUGAGACUA